AUGAAAAUAAUAACAAGUUUGGACCUCAUUUCAUUUAUUUCAUUAAAUUACUCAAAACUUUACGAAUUGGAUUAUCAGCUUACCAUUUGCAAACUAGUUUCACGGUUUUAUACUCAAGCUUCCGAAGCUCAAACUGAAACAUCUGUUCCAUCACAACUUCCAUCAAAAGAUAUACUUGUUGAAUAUUCCAAUACUUGUAAAGACGCAUCUUCGGAAAAUCAAAACCGUAUUACCUCUGAUGAAGAUACACUUGAUCCAUUAAAACUUUUUUCUCAUUUAGUCUUGUUGAAUCAAUUCAAGAAACUUGAAAUAGAAGAUGAAAAGAUUGAUGCUAGAUAUUUGCUUCGUGCAAUCAAUCGUUAUAUUUUAUGGUUGAGGAUGUUGAAUGAACGGGAAGAGAAAGAAAAUUUGCCAAUUCCACCAAUUGAU